AUGCUAGGCCUUCAAUUAAAAUUGACAGAAAAACGUCCGGCAUUUCUCACCUGUAUCUCUGUUGCUCCCUUUGUCAAUCUGGUUAUAAUAAUCUAUCUAUCUAUCUAUCUAUCUAUCUAUCUAUCUAUCUAUCUAUCUCAGCCUGUUCAUAUCUAUCUAUCCAUCCAUCCAUAUAUCUAUCUAUCUAUCUAUCUAUCUCAGCCUGUUCAUAUCUAUCUAUCUAUCUAUCUAUCUAUCUAUCUAUCUAUCUAUCUAUCUAUCUGCACAUGGUCAUCUCUUCUUUAUCUAUCCAUCUAUUUAACCCAUUCUAUCUAUCUAUCUAUCUAUCUAUCUAUCUAUCUCAGCCUGUUCAUAUCUAUCUAUCUAUCUAUCUAUCUAUGUAUCUAUCUAUCUAUCUAUCUGCACAUGGUCAUCUCUUCUUUAUCUAUCCAUCUAUUUAACCCAUUCUGUUCAUAUCUAUCUAUCUAUCUAUCUAUCUAUCUAUCUAUCUAUCUAUCUAUCUAUCUAUCUAUCUAUCUAUCUGCACAUAGUAAUCCCUUAUCUAUCUAUCUAUCUGCACAUAGUAAUCCCUUAUCUAUCUAUCUAUCUAUCUAUCUAUCUAUCUAUCUAUCUAUCUAUCUCAGCCUUAAUCCGUUAUCUAUCUAUCUAUCUAUCUAUCUAUCUAUCUAUCUAUCUAUCUAUCUAUCUAUCAAACUCUAUUGUUCUGGAAAGAAACUUGAAGGCGAAACAUUGCAGUCAAGUUUGAUGGACUUUCUUUCCAUUAGUAUCUUGUAUUCUAUAAACCCUAUUAUGUCGUUGAGCAAGGAGAGUCUCCGUUUUUUUUUCUCCGAACAUAACGAUACAGACGCUAAAAAGCCUCUGUAG